AGUGGAGAUAGUACGCUCGCCCGGAUAAGACGGAAAAGCAGCCACAAACUCCCGCUGUAGGUCUGUUUUUAUUUAGCCCCCAACUUCAGCAGAGAGAUAUAUCAAGGAGGAAAAAGGGUGGCAACCAGCGGCGGACGGAAGAGGACGCACCACAGCCAGAGCGCACAGUGUUGUGUUUGUUGGACACAUGCAUGCCAGCGAAAACUAGAGCUAUCCAGACCUAAGGAAUUGGUAGAGAUAAGGAGACAUUGCUUUGGUGGGGGCGGUUUUUGAUAAUCCCACCGAGGACACAUCCAAAGGGGGUUCCUUUAUUGCUCUGGGGAUUUUCUACUUCUUUGCUCCGGGGGGAAUGCGAGGGGAGGAAAUCCAGCCUCAGCUCCAAAUAACCAGAGACUCCUAACUGGGUCUCCUCUCCAAACGCAGGAAAUACGGCCUGGGAAAAAAGUUUAGGAGCUUUUGGAAGCGAGAGGGGGCCUAUCGCUGACGUUUUGCACGCGUUUUACGACUUGAUUUUUAAGUAUUACUUUUUUUGUAUCUAGCGCUCCUGAUAUUCCACAGAAUAAGUUUAAGAAAAGCAUUUAAAUGUUACACACCGUUGGUGUUGUUAUUGCAAGAGUUUUGAUCAUCACUAUUUAUAGACCAGCCUGUUCCGACCGAGGCUGUUCCUCAUAGCUGUAUGUUUUGCCAACUGCGCGCAACAAGUUGCAGACACUCCCAGCAGAGGCAAACCUACGCUAAUUUGGGCCAGCGGAUGGUAUUUUCUGCGCUUCUCUUUUCGGAUUACGCCUCUUUGAAUAGCGCAUACCCCUCCCCGACCCCCUCUUUGGAAGGCAGAGGGGGAAUAAACGGUGGAGAUCCGGAGAGGGAGUUCAGGAAAGGACGGGGCUGGAUCCGUGGGAAUAGGCCUGCCUGUCAGGCCUCUUAUGAUCUGAUUCUUGGACUGGACAGGGCUCCAAAAUAACUCAGCUUGGAAUAUUUGCAAGGGCCCGCUGGAAUAAAGAUGGAAGGAGAAUGUAUGAGAAUAAAAAAUGUAAAUCCUUAGGACACUGAGCAAUACAUGAGAAAGGGAUGUAGAGGAAGGUAAAGUCUCCUUAAUUACAGAUCACCCACUUUGUUUUCUUAAUUAACGGAAUUAACAGUUUAGUCACAUUGUGGGUUGGCAUUACUUUGUGUAAAAUAUUCACUGCAUAUAAAAUCAAUGUAAAACGAGAAUGUUUCUUUUUUAAAGAGAGGGCUGAUUAAUAUUUUUUUGACAAUAUUUUUAAUGUAGUUUUGAUGCUUUACGAGUUCAUGAUGUCCACACAUUUUUAUUUCAGCAAUAGCUGUCCAUAAGGACAAGACUUUGGGUGUGUUUUAAGAAGGGAAAGGACGCAUAAACUGACCAUUUGUCACGCAUGUUGUGGAGAUAAGAGGGACAGUGUAACUUUUGUAGCCAUUUGCUGUGCACAACGCCAACUGUUGACAGCCUAUAGCUUAUCUGUAUCUGCUCAUACAAUGAAGCCCUGGACCUGAACGCUGUUUUUUCCACGCAAACAUAAUUAUUUCGGAAUGAAGAGAAAUCUGGGCAUUCUUCCUUAAGCUGUCUGACUCUGUCAUGUCAGCAGUAUCGAAAUAUUGCGCACAUCCAGAGGAGGUAAUUUCCAGUCAUGUAACGUCAGGACUGACUUGAUGAAGGCAUAAAAAACCGUUGCAUCACUAACCAGUCCUUUCCGAGAAGGAUGUUCAAUUCAGGAGGCAGAAAGAGUGAUGACAGUGUUUUUACCGCAGCUGGAGAGAAAGCCGGGCUCAAACCCAGAGCCUCUUUGGAGAAGGAUACAUGUAAUGUGAGUACUGACGCAAACCCGGGGUCGGAUAAUGAACUGCUCAAGAAACUGGAACGGCGCGUCUUGUGUGAGUGAGUGUGCAGGCUGCUGUGUGCGUAGCAAAGACGUCUGUGCCGUGCUCACCAUUCAUGCAGUGUGAUUAUUCCAACAAACACCUUUGCUCUCUCUCCCCCUCUCUGUCUGCCUGCCCGUCACUCUCACCGCCGCCCUCUCCCUCCUCUCCGUGCCACAUGUGCACACACGGCGCCCACGCACCGCGUGUAAUUGCCUGAGCGCCAUCAGAAGAUAUUAUAUUAAUAUUUAACACCUCUCCCGCACCCCCUCGUUUCCGCGUCACACCAGUCAAUAUGGCCACUCUGCAACAUCACCGGCAGCUUCUCAUGCAUGGCACGGAAGUGAGCUGCGACUCCAGCGGGGAUGGCGCCGUCACCGUGCGGAUAACCAACAGCGCGCCACACGUGCAUCAACAUGAGCCACUGAGGUCUGCCAACAGUGGAGCAGGAGCAGCUGGAGGCUAUGGGGCUGUGAGUAAAACGAACCCUAACCUCCACAAAUACAGUAUCUCUUCCAGCUGCAGCUCGGCAGACUCCAGACCAGCCGUGACCUCCACCUCCAGGGUGCAAAGGAAGGCGCCACCGUUGUUCGAACGCUCUGCUGCGCAAUGCUGGGACCCCAAGUUUGACUCCCCCAUCCUGGAAGAGGCAUGCCAAGAGAGGUGCUUUCCUCAGACACAGCGGCGCUUCCGUUAUGUCCUGUUCUACCUUGCAGUGGCGGCUGUACUCUGGGGGGUGUACUUUGGGGUCAACAGUGAUCGCUGCAACCCCAUGACCUUCCUAGCCCCCACAGCCUCCUUUUUGGUCCUCCUAGUCCUCCUGUUUUUAUUCACCUUCACUCAGCCUUACACACGGCUGUACAACCAAACCUCCUUGUUCCUGAUAGCGGUCACCUUUGCCAUAACCUUAGCUCCACAGAUUCAGACUGCUGGUUACACUGAGCUGGAGCGGACUGGUGGAGGGAAUGCCUCAUAUCUCUUACCAGAUGAUUUACCACCUUCAACUCGUUGCAUCUCCCCUGUAGGCACCUUUUCCCUGUGUAUGGAGGUUCUGCUACUGCUAUACAGUGUCCUCCAUGUCCGUUUGUAUGCCUCAGUGAUGCUGGGACUCCUCUAUUCUAUAUUAUUUGAGUUAUUAGGAUGGCUACCAUUGCUUCACAGGAGUUAUGACACUACGGGAUGGGAAACAGAGUUAGUGGGUUCAGCUUCUGAUUGGGAAGGAGACACACUCCGCUGGCUGGGCCCAGCCAAGGCUCUGCUCCACUUGUGUGCCCAUGUCAUUGGCAUCCACCUGUUCAUCAUGUCAGAGGUGCGUUCCCGCAGCACCUUCCUCAAAGUGGGCCAGGCUAUCAUGCAUGGAAAAGACUUAGAAGUGGAGAAGGCCUUGAAGGAACGCAUGAUCCACUCAGUCAUGCCACGGCGAGUCGCAGACGAGCUGAUGAAGCAGGGUGAUGAUGAGGGCGGUGGUGAGAACUCUGGCAAGCGUUAUUCCUCUGGUGCUUGCUCUGCCUCGGCUGUCUCAGUGGGUGGUGGGGGAGUUGGUGGAGCUUCACAAGCCCAAAGUGCCAUUAGCCCCAAAAAUCACCCUCACAACAAUCACAAACGCAAGAAGACCUCCAUCCCCCGUGGACAGAUAAUAUUUAGACCCUUCAACAUGAAACGCAUGGAGCCUGUCAGCAUCCUCUUCGCAGACAUUGUGGGUUUCACCAAAAUGUCUGCCAAUAAGUCAGCACCAGCCUUGGUGGGCCUUCUCAAUGACCUGUUUGGACGUUUUGACCGGCUCUGUGAACUAACUUGUUGUGAGAAGAUCAGCACUCUGGGAGAUUGCUACUACUGCGUAGCAGGGUGCCCUGAGCCCAGACCGGACCACGCCUACUGCUGUGUAGAGAUGGGCCUGGGCAUGAUCCAGGCCAUCGAGCAGUUCUGUCAGGAGACGUGUGAGACUGUCAGCAUGCGUGUUGGCGUCCAUACGGGCACCGUCCUGUGUGGGAUCCUGGGAAUGAAGCGCUUCAAGUUCGAUGUGUGGUCAAAUGAUGUCAAUCUGGCUAACUUGAUGGAGCAGCUGGGUGUGGCAGGCAAGGUCCACCUGUCAGAAGCCACUGCCCGAUUCCUGGAUGACCGUUACCAGAGGGAGGAUGGUCGGGUGGCAGAGAGAGCUGGGCAGAGUGUGGUGGAGAAACUAAAAGGGCUGAGGACCUACCUGAUCUCAGGGAAGAAGGUGGAGCAUGAUGUGCAGUGUGGCUGUUCUCAGGUGGGACUGCCAGGUGGGGAUUUUGUGGGAGUCGGCCUGUCUUCCUGUCCUCAACCCCACACACCAGACCUCAUUCCCGGAGGAGCGCAGGCUGCAGAGCCCCUGCUGCCCCAUCAACCAUCAGACAGGAUUGGGCCUCCCUGUGUGUCCCGUGGUGUGGUGUUGUCUGCAGGAGCAGAGCAGGGUGAUGAUGUGGCUGUGUUGAAUGGCUGCCAGGAAGAGCACAAAACUAGCAGUGCAAAGUUCAUCCCAGGUCACAGCCCCAGGGCAGCCAACGGCCUCCUGAGUCCCCCAAUGGAAGACCCAGUGCGGGCAAGCCAGAGCUCCCUGUGUGACAUGCUCCAGGAGAAAGAGAAGAAGACUAGCACUAGCACAGGGACUGGCACCAGUCUAGGCAUGACUGGUGGCACAGGGACAGCGGGUCCUGGUAUGGACCAUUCCGCCCUGAUCCAGCUGCGUGCCAAGAACUUCAGAGAAAAGAGUGACGCCCAUUUUGUGGAUGUUAUCAGGGAGGACAGUCUGAUGAAGGAUUACUUUUUUAAGCCACCAAUCAACAAGAUCAGCCUCAAUUUCCUAGAGAGACCUCUGGAAAAGGCCUAUCGCAGCAGCUACAAGGAGGAGGUGAAAAACCAGGCUCAGGUGCAGACAUUUGCGAGCUCCACCUUCAGCUCCUUCCUGGAUGUUCUUCUCAGCUGUUUCGUCUUCCUGGCCUUGACCCUGGCCUGCUUCCUUCCACCUCUCGUGAGCCCAGUCACCGUGGGCCAUCCAGCUCCCGCUGCCCUGGCCCUGGCCCCCUUGGCUGGUCUGUUGGAGCUGGCCUCUCUGGUGCUGUCCAUACGUAUGGCCUUCUAUUUGGAGGAGGUGAUGAACUGUACUCGCUCCCUGCUCCUGGUGGUCUCUGGAUGGAUUCCCCGUCAUGUGAUUGGGGCUGUGUUGGUUUCCCUCCCUGCCAUCUCUGUCUUAUCCCACCUCACCUGCAGCGUCCGCCUGCCCCUCCAGGUGACCAUGUUCCUGUGCUGUGCCACCAUCCUGGCCAUCAUCCAGUAUUGUAACUUCUGUCAGCUGAGUUUUUGGAUGCGCUCCGUCCUGGCCACUGCUACAGGGGUUGCUCUGUUACUGUUGCUGUACAGCCCCUUACACAGCUCCAGUAAUAACAGCUUGCCAGUUCAUGGACCGAACAUCUCCACAUCAGGUGAUAGUGAUUCAGAAUCGGGCCCUGAUCCUCCCCCUCGGCCUCUUGACCUUUUGGUCCCAGAGGCGGUCCUGGCCUUCUUUCUGCUUCUUCUUCUGGUCUGGUUCCUCAACCGUGAGUUCGAGGUGAGCUACCGUCUCCAUUACCAUGGCAACGUGGAGGCUGACAAACAUCGCUCCAAGAUCCAGACGAUGCGAGACCAGGCUGAGUGGUUACUGGGCAACAUCAUCCCCAUUCAUGUCGCUGACCAGCUCAAGGUUACCCAGAGCUAUUCCAAGAACCAUGACAGUGUGGGUGUGAUCUUUGCCAGUAUUGUAAACUUCAGUGAAUUCUAUGAAGAGAGCUACGAGGGUGGGAAAGAGUGCUACCGUGUCCUUAAUGAGCUAAUUGGAGACUUUGACGAGCUCCUUCGCAAACAUGAAUUCAAAAGUGUAGAAAAAAUCAAGACAAUCGGUGCCACCUACAUGGCAGCGUCAGGACUGAAUGUCCGACAGCUGGCUGAGAAUGACGAUGACUCCCCGCACGCUCACCUGAGGGCACUCUUCAACUUUGCUCUGGAGAUGAUGGGUGUCCUGGACGAUUUCAACAAGAACAUGUUAGGUUUUGGUUUCAAGCUCCGUAUUGGAUUCAACCAUGGGCCCCUGACGGCGGGGGUGAUCGGCACUACUAAGCUUCUCUAUGACAUUUGGGGAGACACGGUCAACAUUGCCAGCCGCAUGGACUCCACUGGUGUGGAGUGCCGGGUGCAGGUGAGCGAGGAGAGCCACGCUGUUCUCAACGCCAUGGGUUUAGAGUUCGACUAUAGAGGUACCGUGAAUGUUAAGGGCAAAGGUCAAAUGAGGACCUUUCUGUACCCCAAAAGUGGGGAAAGUGUAUGUCAAGAUCGCACGGAGCAGGCCAUCGGAGUCGGACCCUCGGCCAAUAAGACUUCAGGAUCUGUUGCCCAAGCAGCAGUUCUUCCUCCUUCUUCCUCUUCUUCUACUCUUCCUUCCCUCUCUUUUUCCACACUCCCUCCUCAACCCCAAAGCGCUGUAAGGCCUUCAGGAGCAGGGCCUGAGUCUGUCCUAGUGAAGUCCACAGAGGUGAGGGAGGAAGGAUAUAGGGACGCUCCACACCUCCACAGGCAGUCCCCUGCCACAGACAUUCACACCCCUCCCUGCUCUGAACUAGGCCCAGAACCUAGUGCUGUACAAGUGGCCUCCCAGGUUCAGCCUGCUCCUCUCGCACUUCAAGAGGAGGAGGAUGAAGAGGAGGCCAAUGAGCUAACGCAACUCAACGAGGAGUUUUAUGCUCGUCUCUGAUCCCUCCUCUCCCCUUCCCCAGUCUUCUGUCCCCCUGCUGCCCCCAGCUACUGCCUCUCCAGGACUGAUUGCAGGUGUGGGCAGGAUGUCCCUUCCAUUAGGCAAGUGUCUUCGGCAUGGAUGAAGAAGAGGGAGUUUGUCACUCCAACACAAACAGUGGCCACAGUGGCUAAUAAAAUGGCUACUAACGUCUUUCAUGGGAAUGUUGCCUGAGUGCUGGGGUGGGUUGGACCUGUGUUGAGCACAGCAGUUUAUAAUGGAGAACAGGCUGAAAGAGGGUAAUAGGGAAAGGAAGAUUUGUUGGUGUUGUUGUUGAUGUUUUUCUUAUUCAUUUUUGUUAUUAAGUGCCUUCAGGACUAGAACAGUGAACGAACAAAUAUGAAUACUGAACAAAGUUUUAACAAUCUUAGACUACGGAACAUGCUGUGGUUUCUUACUCCAUGCUCUUAUUUUCAAUGCAAGCAUUUCUUUAAAAAAAUCAUUAUUGUUGUGCCAUAUCAUUUGUUUUAACUUGAUCAAAGUCUUGACCUUACUUAAGGGAAAAUCAUUUUAGAUUCUAUAUAAGUGCCAGUGCAGCAUGAUGGGCUGAGCAGGGAACUGAGGGGAGAAUGAGGGAAUCACAUGAAGCAGUGUUAAUUUAUGUAUUCUGCUUUGACAUGAGGGCUUAAUACAUUAUUCAUUUGUGCUAGAGUCUCAGUAAAAGGGGACAUGCUACAAAGCAGGCUGCAUAGAUUUUAGUUUGAGUAGCAGCUAAAUGCACAUUUUAAGCACGGGUCUUGCACAGUGUUUUCUCGACCACUUGUAUUUGGUAGUUAUUACCGUGUGAAAGCUUUUAAGAGUUUAAACAGAGUUCUUGUCUUUCACAACAAGUACAAUCAAAAGCACAAAAUCAGAUAAGGGAAUACAGAUUUGGAAGAAAAGGUGGUUUUAAAAAGUGAGAUCAUCACAAAAGCAGGAAGGCACUUUAAAUAUACUUAAAGUGAUACUCUACAUUUGAGUAAGAAACACUCACCCCAUGUAGACCUGAAAGGUGGCUGGAAAAAUGUAGGUUUAUCCUAAAAAUGCAUAUGGUGACUGUGAUCAGCUUAGACUGAUGGUGGUUAUAUUGGAUUCUAUAGAAAUUUCUGAAACAAGUUCUGCACUAUAAUCCACUUUUCUGCUGCCGUACAUGUAUUUCUGCUCCAGUGUCAGUCUGCUUUUUCAUUGGGUCAGAACCACUCUAUUGGAGCUUACUCACAUGCUACAUUGAAAGCUGUAAAAGUGUAUAAAAAAGCAAACUAAAACCUUUUUACACCCACCCUUAUGGGUUCAGGCUGACAGUAACUAUAUUUUUGUUGUUGCCAAAAAAUACCAUGAAGACCAAAACAAAUAUGUGUAUAAACGCAUCUCUCAUUACUCUCUGACUUUCCUCCCCUGUCUAUGGCUCUCUGCCCAAAUUUGAGUAUUUUUGGGGGGCAUUAUAUACUUUUUUUUUUAAUUAUUAUUAUAGCAGACGAUAAAGUGAUGACAGGUAAUAAAUAAGGAGAGAGAGAGAGAGAGAGAGAGAGAGAGAGAGAGAGAGAGAGAUGGGGAAUGACAUGGAAAAGGGUCCCCGGUCAUACAUGAACUGGGGAUGUUGUGGUCAGCACCACCUUAACACAUAGGCCACCAGGACAGUAAAUAGUGUAUUUGUUGGGGACUGUUUUCAGUGGCAGUUUGGUGCAGAAUUGAGUAUUUAGGGCAACAGGACAGUGUAGGUGGGAUUAACUUAAAAUAAACAACAGAGUCCAUGUUUGUUCUAUGAGGGAACAUGUCACCCAGUCUGACAGUGGACAACAAUGCAGCUCUGUGGCACAGAAACAAGAUAUAUCAGGGUUUGGAUACUUAGACAAUACUUGUAAGUAGGAACAAUUCAUUGUUAAUUUAGUUCUUUUCAAGAGAUAAAAAUGCAGAAUAUCACCAGACUUAUCCUUUAAAACCUACACUGGGGUGAGAGUUUGAUACCCAAAAGUUUUUGGAUGGAGUAGCACUUGAAGUGGGACUGUGAGGGACAAUCACUGUGUAGUUCUUGAUAAAUGAUAGGGUGGUCCACAUUGCUGUUGGUUAAAGCAAAAGCACAGAUCAUAUACCAUUUCUACAGUACUGUGUGGAAAGCUUUCCAUUUGUUGCCUUCAUUUGCUAGAAUAAAAAAAAAAACAAAAUAUUGGUCAGUCCAUCACUAGAUUUAUUCAAUAGUUCAGUAUUGUCUGCCUUUAGCUGUGUGAUUUUGCUGUUGAAGGGGUGGGACUUUUAACUUUGAUCCUGUCACGGCCUCUUCACUGAGGGGAGCCUCUACUGUAUCAAUAUACUUAAAUUGUGCCACUUUAAUUGAGUGAUCUAUAGGUGCAGUGCAACCUAAACUAGCUGAUUGUUUUUGUGGUGCCUAAAAGUAUGACUGUAUUUUUUUGAGUACUUUGGUUUUCAGAAAGUUUUUUUAUCAUGCUGUUGUCAUAAUGAGGAUAGAUUAUGAUUGUAUGUUUGACAAAAUUAUGGUCGUUGUGCAGGUUUUGCUGCAUUUUUUUUUUUGACAAAUUCCAUCUAUUUUUUUUUUUUUGCUCUUUUCCAUUUUUCUCAUCCUGUCAUUAACUGGCCGCCUGGAAUAAUGUGGUGGUGUUCCCAUUGAAUACCUGGCACCUCUUUAGUUCUCUUUGCUCUUUAGUCACUUCAUGCUUCUUUUCUUUACUCCUGAAAGCACUUGUUUCCCCCUUGUACUUUGUGUGUGUGUGUGUGUGUGGGUGUGCGUGUGUGUGUGUG